CUACAGGAUGACUUAUAUUGGAGAAAAUCAGCCACAUGAGACAGGGAAUUCGAAACCAUUAACUCAGUCUCACAGCUUACAGGAUCAAGCACAUUUAAUGGCUCUGACAUCUGAGUGGGGACAUAGCGUUUUUGAGGAAGUUCAGUAGCAGUCUUAUCAAAAAGUUUCUCUCUCGGACUCUGCAAAGAACAAAUUUUUACAACAAUGAAUGGCCAAGAUAAGGAACUUUUUGUACUUGUAAAGUUGCACAUGGACAGAUGCUAUAAAAAUGGUGUAAACUAUAUGAGAAUAACAGACGAUUCAUAAGAACAAUUACUGUUAAUAAAUAAUUUAACCACACCACAGACUUUACAUCCAAACUCAAAGACUGACCCAAAAGGUUUGUUCUUAAUGAUAUUGGAUCCUAAAAUAAAAUGUAUAAAAUUAAAAUUAUAGGGAAUCUGAUGAAACUUCUUUCAAGGAUAUGGUCCAAUUUUCGGCAUAUGCAUUUGUUCAUAUACGAAACAAACCUUUGGUCUUAAUGUUAAGAUAAUACUAGCGCCAAGCUGGAAACCGGUAGGAAUUAAAAUUAAACUUGUGAGAUCCAGGGACUAUUGGCAUCUAUAUCAGGUCACGGGGCAUGUAUUACCCAGAAUGCCCUUGGCGUCCCAUGACCCACCAGUUACUUUCCAACCACCUUCAAGAUAAGACGCGUUACUUUCUAUCUGUUUUAAAGCAGAUUUUAGUUUGCCCGAUUUCAUUUCAUUUCACUUUUUAAUUUUUCUAUCUCGGGUGUGCUCAGUGUGGGUGUGAUCUGAAGGGUGUGUACAUUGCGAGAUGGAUUUUGUUGCUUCAUCAACGGGAACUUCUUCCACUUCUAGGAAGUGACAAAGGAAAUGCCCUGGAGUGAGUGGGUUUCCUUGUUCAAUUUCUAACUUCGGUGUCGACAGAUCCUCAUCCAACGUGUAGUAGGUGCAGAGAAAACGUAUUGUUCAGUUUGUCGUGGUUGGUCGGUGGAUCAGGAGGAAGUUUUAUGAGAAAGGCCAGUACAAGAGAAAGGAGCGACACCAUCUUUGGAUGACCAAGCGUCGCUGGCUUCUGUUGUGUCGGCAAUACACCAGACUGCUCCAUAUGUUUCGUCGCCUGUUUUUUAUUUUCCCAUACUCCUUCAGUUUCUUCUAGUGAUUCGCUAUCGGAAACUCGAGGAGGGGUUUUGGGUAAUUUUAUAAAUAAUUACGCUCCGCUGUCCCGGUAGGGAGGGGAGGAGCAUCGCCAUCUUUGUUCCAGGUGACACCUCCCGAUGCGCAGAGAAUGGAAGGUACGUGGACAGCUUUAGGCCUACCAGGCAUACCAACCUUGGAGGGCUUGCGGUCUCAUUAUAUGGCGUCGCGAUUCCAGCAGAGCCCGACAGCGCUGAAUGUUCCCCAUCCCCCUGGCCUGCACUUUAUGGGAAGCAAUGCCACGGCUACGUCAACAACUUCAAUGUUUCUGACAAUGCAGAACAUUGAAGAUAGUUUUGCUGCAAACGCAGGGAUGCCAGCAGCAGCCUCCCAGUCACUCCCUACAAGAUUGGUGACGUCACAACAGGCACCACAAACCAACAUGGCAGAUGCGAUGACGUCACAGCCUACUGCUUCUCGAUCUACUUCGCUACCUCCUGAGCCAAAUACGCUUUCUGACUCGUUGGUACACACAGUCAUGAAGAAAUUGCAAGAUCUAGAGAAGUUGGUUAAGAAAGACAAAAAGAAAAGGCUGAUUCGUAUUCGUCUUCUUCCUCUAGCUCAGCAUCAUCGCCAAGUUCGAUGGCGUCACUGCGUGUACCAGUCAAGCGUUGGAGGAUACGGGACUUCAUGACUGAUCCUCGGGCCAAGAGGAGAAGAGUGAAUUCUUCAUCUUCGGGCCAGGACUGUCACAGCCCAGUCAGCAAGAAAGUCAAGAAGUCAGUGGCUGGUAGGCUUAAAGCUAAAGGACGAAGCCGUUUACAAGCAUUCGAACGAGCGAAAGCGUCGACGGUCUCUGGGCUAGCAGCCAACGCGGAGAUGCCAGUAGAGACUACAAAGAGUCUAAGAGAGACUACAAUGCCGUUGGUAAAAUCAACGAUGGGCGCAAAGAGUGCAACAAAGAAUACAGAGCAGAUACCAGUUUCGCCUGUGAGACCUUUUAAAAUACGGAGAAAGGAUGAAAGAGCUCUCAUUAAAAGGUCGAAUAAUAGAGAGUUGGUAACCUCGUCAGGUACGUUGGUGGAAGGCAUUGUUCGCCUAGAUGAGGGAUCAAGGUUGAAUUCUCCGACGCUCGUUGGAGACGAUAUCAAUAGUCAUAGAGAGGAAAUCAGCUCGGUUUCGAGAGAGCCUUCAUCUUGGAGGUAUAAGCGAGAUUCUCGCUCUAGAUCUGCGAGCAGAGAAGGAGUUAGGCAGUCUCGUUCUCCUAAUGACUAUUCGGGAUCGAGCCGUCGGCGGCCAUCAGAGAUCAAAGAUGCCAUGGCCGUAGGAUCAGACGGCCAUGAAGCACCCGGACGUUUGUCAGCGGAUAGUAGUGAGCUAGCGUCUCCUGUGGCUGAACACAGUACGUUAGAACCAGAGGUGGGAGAAAAUCAAGUGUUUCUGGCUUUGUAUGCGGAGGCGAUUGAUUUGAUUCGUCAAUUCAAUAACCUUUCAGGGAGCACGGAGACACCUGCCAGUAUGCUUCCUCCGGGGAUUGACAUGGUGUUUGGAUUGAAAAAGGAUACGAAAGUGUCGUAUGAAUUGCCUUGUUCAAGUCAUGCGGAGUCCGUUUUACAACACGUAAAUGCAUGGAUUGCAGGAAGGGAUAAUUCCUUAAGAACAAACAGAUCAUUUAAGUUUAUCCCACCCCCAAUGAUGAAACAAGAAAUAUUAUACGACACCAAUGGUUCCUUUGCUAUCUAGACAAAUUAACCCAAAUGUGGUAAGGUAAGGCCUGGAUUAACCUUGGAUCAAGUUGAGAUGGAAUGCCCUUCGAUGACUUGCCAGAAGGCUGCUACGUUAGAAGCGACGGCUUCUUCCGUCUUUCAGACUGCUUCUUGGUUGGAUCUUUGGUCAACAGCAGCGGUGAAAAUUGCAUCCUCAGAGGUAACGAGAAAAGUAGUGGAUGAAUCAAUGUUUAUCAGGUUGCUACAAUCAGGUUCCAAAGCAAUUGCGUAGUUGACAAAUUCAAGUGCCAAUGUAUGGGCAAAUAUCCUGUUAAUGAGGAGAGAUGCAGCUUUGGCUAGAUUAAGCCGCACUGUUGAUUUGGAUUCCCUGCUAGCUAUGAGGAAUAGGGAUAUCCCAGAGUCGCAAUUGCUGUUGCCAGAGGGCAUACUGGAAGAGGCUAUAGAUAGAAGGAUGGACACUAACGAUAGAUUAGUACAGCAGGCAGUUAGAAAAACAUCCACAAGUCAAGCUAAUCCUAUUGAGGUAAGGCAGCAGCGAAUACCUCGAAAGAAGCCAGUAAGACAUAACAUCCCUAAUAGAGCAACAAGACCCUCUUCCCCAAAGAAGUUAGCACACCAGCCCUUUCACGAUAGAAAUAACAGAGAAAGUGGGAUUAGGGGAAGAGGGAGAGGUUCAAGACGAUAGGAUGGGCGCCUCUCAUCACUCAGCCACACCAGUGGAGGGUUGCCUGGCAAAUCACUGGAAGGUGUGGCAGGAAUUUGGAGCAGAGCAGUGGGUAGUGGAUUUUCUCAGGAUCAGUUAUUUGAUUCUGUUCGAAGUAACCCCACCCCUGACAGAACCACCAUUACCUCACCUAGCUUAUGCUCGGGAACCUCAGAAGGCAUUUAUUCUGCAAGCGGAAGUGAAGAAGAUGAUGGAAAAAGGGGCUGUGGAGCAGGGGCUGUGGUCAAGUAUCCAUUCUGUCAAAGGGGUUUUACAGCAGGAUUUUCCUGGUCCCCAAGGCCAACGGGGAUUGGAGGACAGUAAUAGAUCUGUCAACAUUUGUUUAUAAGAAAAACCAGAUUCAGGAUGGAAACCCCAGAGACGGUUCUACAAGCAGCCAGGGUCAAGGACUUUAUGUUGACAAUCGACUUGAAGGACGCAUACUUUCAGAUCCCAGUCUAUCCGUCUUCCAGGAAUUUUCUCUGCUUCAGUCUUGCAGAGAAAGUUUUCCAGUUCAAAGUCCUGUGCUUUGGAUUGACGUCUCCUCAAGUUUUUACAAGUGUUCACUCUCGUGUCAACAUGGGAGCAUGCUCAGGGGAUCAGGCUAAUAAGAUACCUAGACGAUUGGCUGGUGAUAGCAGAGUCCAGAGAGGUCCGGAGAGAAGUUACUUCGGAACAGGGUGACCCUCCUGCAGUUUUGUCACAGCUUUGCAUUUUUGGGUUGUGGCUUAUCCCUUAACGGACGGACCACCUCAUAUGGGUAGCAAUAAUGCAUUCACGAACAGACCACCCUACAUGAGUAGCAAUAUCCACUUAUGGGUGGUGGACUGGCCCAAUCCUGGUGAGCAUCAGUAUUACAAGCCAUCGAUUUGGCGGAAUCAGGCGGGGAAAGAAGUGCCAUUACUUCCAUAGGCCAUAAAUUCACUAAUGGCAACUUUUAGACUAGCUAAGAUCAAGGAAACUGGCUGCUCAGGGAUUACAGCCAGUUAGUAAAUUUACGUAAAUACUUGGCGACGAAUAUGCUCAGAAUUUGUUACUGAUUUUAGUUCUUAGUUUUGAUAAUGUAUGAGCUGUAAUUCUAACUUUACAAAAUAAACUUAUUAGAAAAAAAACAUGUAUGUUUAACUUGGUCAAAUUUACGGUUCUCACAAAAGAGGCCCAAAAGGCGUUGUAAACAGUCAUUUUCAACUUCUCGUAGAAGGUAGGGAAAAUUUUUUAAAUUUAUCUUCCUCUUUCCAAGGAUGAAUUUUUUCUUAAAGUAGUCAACCUCAAAGUUUACCAUGGCCUGGGGUGCUGCUUAUUGAUUAUUUAGCCUGCUCUUAAUGAUUAAUUAUCAGUGUCAAUGGUUCAUCAGAUGGUGGAACGAAAUUAGAAGACCAAGUAAUAUUACUUUAAUGUGGAACAAUAUUUGGGAAUGAACACCACCAGAACCCCAUGGUCUUGUGGAUAAAAAAAAAAUUGAUAAAAGAUUUCUGGUAUAGACUAUAUUUACAUGACUUGUCAUCAGUAGUAUGAAACAAAGACUUCUAAUAUAGACUAUAUUUAACUUGGCUUUUCAUCAGCUGUAUGAAACCAAUCUAAUACCAACCUCAGAAGUCUACUUAAGAGGUCUGGUAAAACUAAGCCCUAUUAUAAUUAUAAUAAUGACAAAUUAGGUAAUCAAAUUGCACAAGAAUUGGGUUCAACAGAGGCAAAAGCUGCUUAAUGAUGUCCAUUGUACUAUUUCUAAUGGUUAACCACACAAUUAACGAACUGUUGUAAAACACCACUAUUGGGUUUCUGUUUGGAUAAACAGGAAAAUGCUCCUGACAAUGACAACUGUGGCAAAAUAAAUAAUAUUUAUGAACACUGAGGAUGUAAUGCAACUGGUUAAUUGUUAACUUAUAUCAUAAGCGUCAUUUUUUACAUUUGGACUUUAUGAUGAUUAAUUACCUUAUGUAGACAUUUGUUUUAGGAUUAAUUAUCGUAAAAUUAAUCAUCCUAAAAUCCAAGUUUACUUUCCAUUCUUAUCAUUAUCCAUGAACAUUUUUCUGUUUAUCCGACCAAAACCCAAUAACGGUGUUCUACAGUAGUUUGUUGAGUGGAAUAGUAAAAUGGACAUAAUUAUGCUAAUAAGGAGAGCAAAUAACAGCUGCUUAUUUCUCAUGGCCAAACCAUAUAACAAAAGUGAGUCGACUGCAGGCAAAAAAUUUGGGAGUAAAACAAUAUUAAAAUACUUCUCUCACCUGUAGAGUCACUGUCAGCUUCUGGAUAGAGGAGAAGGUCUGGGCGGUUUCUUCUUAGAUGUCUGGUUGCCAUAAGGCCAUUCACAAACCUCUUGACCUCUGGCUCAAAUUCAACAGGAACCUAAAAUUCAAAAAUCAAAUGAACAAAAAUAAAUACAAGACCUACAAACACUGAUAAAAUUAUACAGCCUGGAGUGCAACAAACACCAACAUAACCAUGAAAUAAUAAGGUAUUAUCCAACAACCAACAAUAUACAUCUUACAACUGCACAAUAUAUGAUAAAGGACUCUUUCACCAGUGAUAAAUAGCCCUGGAGAAAUGUGUACUGUAACAAUAAAAUUUAUGUAAAUAUAUUCAAAAGCAAGUGUUCCCUUAAAAAAAAAAAAAAUCGUGCAGGCCUGUCUAUCCUCAGUUGGUGGUAGUUCUAUACCAUUCCUCAUCUUCAACACAAAACCCUAUAAAUGAGUACAAGUCACCCAUGACAGAUGUUAGUUAUAUAAUCCUCAUCAAAGGAGAAGCCUGUAAAUGUUUCAAUGAUGGAAGGAUAUCGUCCAACUCAAAAAUACUAAGACUGUCCAGUCAAGAUAUCUUGCAACUCAAUAAUGGAGUUGAAAAUAAAAAGGAAUUGUUGUACAGCAAGCUGCAAACUAAACUAAAUCCCAAAUUUGAGAUGGCUACACCUGAAGAAAAUCUGGAAUAGAGUCAUUGUGCAUCUUGGGUUCUAAAUGCAUUCCAUGUUUAAAACCUACAUGAAAUACAGAAGGGACCUAAUCAUCAUAAAAUCAAUUAAUUCCAUUCUCCUCUAUCCAUUGCACUUUUAUUUGAUCCUUGUUCUCCUUGGUUCCACUUUUCUCACAUAGAAUAUAAAAUCUAGGAAAAAGACCAAGCACUGGGACCUAUGAGAUCAUCCAGUGCUGGAAGGGAAACUGAGAGCAAAAAUGUUUUAAAGGGGAUAACAGAAGGAAUGAAAAAAUACUGUUAGGAGAGUGUGGAAAGUAAGGCUGAGGAGAAUCUGAAAGGGGUUGCAGUUUGGGGCUUAAUGCCAUGCAGUGCAUUGACAGCACUACCCCUGUACCAAUGACCCCUGCAGGGCCUUUUUCUUUCAUGAUUUUCUUUACCAUCUUGCUGGUAAGAAUUACAUCAGUGUGCUAUGAGAUGGCUACUCUCUCUUAUGAUGUGACAAAACCAUUUAAGCAAUUUUCUAGCCUAUGAACUCCAUCAGUCAAUCUCAACACUGUGGCCACCUUUCCCAAAUAUCUUCAGUCAUGAAUGAAGAAGCAAAAUUUAUGAAUUACUCUUAAAAAUUAGAAUAUUACAGACUUCUAUAAGCUGAAAUGCAUACCGAUAGGAAUACUUACAGAUAUAUUAACAAAACCAGACUGCGCUCGUGGUUCAGUUCUCUCAACAAUUUCCAGCUCAAAUGUCCUGGUUGUCCUUUUACGCUUCUGUCCAACUUUAAUUUCCGAAGCUAACUGCCUAACCUGUAAGUGGUAAAUACAGUUAUAUGGUAAAAACAAAAUUAACAAAUUCCAUUACAGUGUACAGAAACAAAUCAGCAUGGUACAGAGAGAUACUUGGUUACCAAAGAGUUGAUACACUUGUACAGAUAUAUGGUUACCUAAUAUUUGAUCGACUAUGAACACUGGUAAUAGCAGAAAAAUACAAGAGACCACUCUUGGGAGGCUCUUUGUUGAUUUGUACAAAGAACAACAAGAGUAUACAUACCCUCUGACCUGUCCCUUCAUCUAGACUUGGUGCAUUUACUGUGUUAUUUGAAUUGGGAUUUCUAGUUCUCGUAGCUUGUCUCUCUUCAUUCACCAUGUCUCGGUAUGGACACUUACAACAUUUUAUAUCCACAAUCUGUCGGCCAAUCACCCUUCCACUCUUACUGCAAAGUAAACAAGUAAUUUGUAAGUAUAGAUUAGUUUCACAUUUAAAAUGUAAAAACCUCUUUACUUAAUGCGUGCAUGCCCAGCAUAAGACAUAAGACACACUUUUGUAUUUUUACACAGUAGAAUAUUUUUACUCAUUAAAACCAUGUACUCAUAAAAACCCCGUUCCAAAUAUGAAGUUCGUGCUUACGUCACAAACAUUAUGAAGGAAUGAACACAAAAAUAUUUACACAAACCUGCAAUGAAGUGUUAAAACAAGACUAAAGGGUCUUCUGUUUGGUCCUCCAAUGCAAGAUGUCAGGCACAUUAAUUUGAAAAGUAUUGUUGAAUGACUCUCCCCUGGUGGUGGUCGAGGCAAAGGUACAGUAACAACCCGUCGCUCAUCAGGAAGCAUUCUAUAAUGGCAAUGUGAACUCUCUAUCUGCACAAUAUGAUCAGCUGCCUCUAUGUCACCUGUUAAGAAAAAUAAGUCAACUGUUCUUAAAGUAGUAAUUGAAAGACUGGAAUCAAUAAAAUGUAAAACUUGAA